AUGAAGCAAAUUGAAUUAAAACCGAAGAACAACUCUGUUGAACAGCAUCUGCAAAAGGUACACGCAAAGGCACAACUUGAAGACUUGAAGAACCGUUUGAUUAACGAACGGAUGCAGCGGGCUAAACUCAAAAACGAACUCACGAAGGAAUAUUUUUACGUAAUUUCGAUGGCAUACUUUUGCCGUACGAUUGACAACGAUUACAUUCCGGCUGAGCUAGGUGUGAUAAAGUACAGCCUGCAUGGCGGUGCUCAGAACCAACUUCACAUGCAUAUAAAUCCCGGCAAACUUCCAUUCGGGUUAGCCCAUGAGGCGCAGCGUCAUUCGAAAAAUUCCCAUGAACUACCGAUUCCACCAAAAGCGUUGGGGUUAACAGAUUACCAUGGUAUAGCGAUAAAGUUGCUUCGCUUCCUGGAAAUGGAAAAGAAUACCCCUUUACUGCUAUUCACGGACCCAAAGGAUGUGCCAAAGGUGGAAAGUAUGCUUAAUGCCAUAUUGGGCAAUCGUAUUGCGGAGGGAAUGCUGUACGUGUGCUCCCUUCCGGAACUGUUCCAUCAGCUGCAACUUGCCGUGGGAGCUUACGAAAAGGAACACGAGGACACACCAUCAGACGUGCAUAAGGCACAGAAUAUCCUGGAUAUGGAUUAUUUUAGCUACACGUCGGGCAUCAGUUGCGAUUACCACGAAUCUAACGAGUUGUUGGUGCACUGUGCGUUGUCCCAAUGCAUGCGUUGGUCGUAUACUAUUUCCAAAGUGUGCUGUGUGCUUCUGGGCAUCGAUUUGAUUGCAGGACGACAUAUACCUCCAGUGAUGACUAUGGCACGUCCCGCAAUAAGUAAGGAUGAUUCCGAAGAUGACAAUUCGGAUUAUGACGAUAAUGUAUCCGUUGAUCGUUUUACGUUCGAUUCGUAUGCAACGGAUUAUACUGAGAUGCUGCCGGCGGAAGUUGAGACAUAUGCCGGAUCUGUGUGUAGCGAUAGUGAAAGCGUCAUCAGAAAGAAUGGCUUACUGGAGUUAAUUGGGAAAGGAAAAAUGAAACCGGCAAUGGAAACACUCAGUGCCAAAACAGGAAAUAGCAAGGAAUCGUUCAAUUUUCAUAAAUACUUACUUAAAUCCAAAACCGGAAACUAUUCUUCAUCAUCUAAUGGCCGUGGUUUGUUAUAUGAAAGUUCAAAUAAUGGACACGACAAUUGUUGAAAGGCUGGUUGGAAAUUUACAUCUUACCUUGAUGUUGAUGAAAUGUUUUCUUUGUUGCCAAAAGAAUAAUUUACUUUUCGGAAACAUUACGAUAUUACACAGCAUCCCAUUUGGAUUGGAUAACUUUUUUUCCAUAUGUUUUUAAAACUACUCAUUUUGCUUUUCGUUUAUUCCUAUAAAAUGGUUCCAUUAUCUGGUAAAAAAUGAACUAUAAAUGGCUAACACAUUGAAUGUUUGUAUGCUUCAUUAUCGCAUAUCCCCCUCCUUGUCGGUUUCGUCGGAUGUGCAAUCAGAAGGGCAUUUCUGCCCACCUUUGUGCCGGAUAUUCUUAAGUUUUUGCGCUACAUGAAAUCAUCGCGACGUCUAUCAUCAUCCUCCUGUGCCUGUGGCAAGGAGUUUUUCUAAUUUAGAUUAAGCUAAAUAUUCUAACUCUAAAUGUAUACAA